AUGCUUGCUGGAAUGAGGAGACAAAUCACGGCGGCCUAUCCGCCCAAGCCCAAGUUUACAGAGGCCAACGUGCCUGACCUCACAGGCAAGGUCUACAUCGUCACGGGUUCAAACACGGGCAUCGGCAUGCAGCUGGCCCGGAUCCUGCACUCCAAGAAUGCCAAGGUCUACAUCGCGGCGCGCGACCAGGCUAAGGCCGAGGCUGCGGCUGAGUCCAUCAAGGCCUCCAACCCGUCCUCCGCGGGGUCGCUGGCCUUUCUCCGGCUGGACCUGGCCGACCUGACGACCAUCAAGGCCUCGGUGGACGAGUUCCUGUCCAAGGAGAAGCAGCUGCACGUGCUCUUCAACAACGCCGGCGUCAUGAUGCCGCCGCAGCGCUCCAAGACGGCGCAGGGCUACGAGCUGCAGCUGGGCAUCAACAACGUCGGCACGUUUCUCUUCACCAGGCUGCUGACCCCGAUCCUGACCACCACCGCCGCGGCGUCGAGUCCAGGCUCCGUCCGCGUCGUCUGGGUCUCAUCUUCCAUGGCCGAGAUUGCGUCCCCGAGCCCGGGCGGCGUCCCGCUCGACAAGCUCGACGACCUGGCGUCGAACGACUCCAUCUCGCCGCGCGUCAAGUACGGCAUCAGCAAGGCCGGCAACUACCUGCACGCGACCGAGUACGCCCGCCGCUUCGGCGACAAGGGCAUCGUCAGCGUCGCCCUGAACCCGGGAAACCUGCGCUCCGACCUGGCGAGGCACCUCAACUCCCUGCAAAAAGCGUUUCUGAACUACUUCGUCCAGCACCCGACCGUCAACGGCGCCUACACGGAGCUCUUUGCCGGCUUGAGUCCAGAGGUUGGCUUGGACAAGAACGGGGCGUGGAUUCAACCUUGGGGUCGUUUUGAGCAAAUCAGGGACGACCUUGAGAAAGCGACCAAGCCAGAAUCGGAAGGCGGUUCUGGCAUCGCUCAGAAGUUUUGGGAGUGGACUGAGAAACAGGUGCAGCAGUAUUUGUAA